UCGGUGUGUUUGUUUUGGAGAGUUAACAUAUUGAAGAAUUUCUAAAUUAAUGGAAGAAUUUCAAAAUAAAUGGAAGACUGAACGAGAAGUUUAAGUUUGUUAUUCUCUUGUAAAUGAUGAUCUUUUCGCUGUUAAAUAUGACUAUCCUUUAAAUGUGUUGACCUCUCGCUGAUAACUUUAAGGAAAAACGUUGGGCAAAUGCAAACCUUCCAACGCAAUUUUCUCUGGAAUUAUUUGAGCCACCAGAAAUAACAUGACAUCUUUUUGAGCUGCUUGAAUUCUGACGGCAAUGACAUUGUUCACUCGUGGAUAAUAAAGCGCGAGUGGAGCUUGUUAACGCAAUUGUAGCUUGUUAAAGCAAUUGUUUGGACCAAUUAGCAACAGCCUGGUUGAGUGUUGCAAACUGUUUGAGUGGACUAUUUAAAUAAAGCAAGGCGCGCAGUAUCGUUGCCUAAGACCAUGGCUACCUUAGGCGAAGAGGCAGGUGAUUAUAUUUACUCGCCUUACAACCCUUAUUCUUAUCAUUACCGGCCAAAGGGUUCCAGUUGGAGGCAGAGGCAUUACGUGACCAACUAUGGAGAUCCGACCGAAUAUUUUGAUAACUACCAACGAGCUCGGCUCAAGGCUAUAUUAUCUCAGGUGAACCCAAACCUAAUACUGAGAGUGAGAAAAGCUAACACCAAAGAUGUCGGCGUGCAGGUUAACCCUAAAAUCGACGCGUCUGUGCAGUGUUCGUUGGGUCCCAGGACACUGACGGCGACUACACCGCGGCGCAAGGGAGUUGCCCUCAGGCGCCGGGCUGCACAAAACCAGGUGCAAGGAAGCCCGGUUAGUAUGCCCAAAAAUGUUCGCUUCAGGAGGACCAUGGCUAUCUACUCGCCCAUCGUGUCGCCCAACCUAAACGGCUUCUUCUACAAAGAUGGCCAGGACAAUGGGAAAGUGCAGUCCAAAGAACCGCAAGAUAAACAAACACGUCCGGAGAAAGACUUGGAGGUGAAAGAGAACGAGAGAAAGCAGGACAUCCCCCCGCCAGAGAAGGAGAUGUCCUCUGCCCCGGACGGGGCAAAGACCGAGCAGUCCGACAACACGUGGCGGGAGGAGGAGGAACAAAAUACCGAGGAGCCGCUCACCAGUGCUGGCAAAAAUGAGAAACGGCUCCGAUUUCAGGUCUACUUCAAGCAGUUUUGCAGAACCUGCAAAAUGCCAUACAACCCUUAUAGUGUCGAGGACAUCACCUGUCAAAAAUGGUCAUUCAAAAGCUACAUAGACACUUCUCCACAUUUGGCGCACCCGCCCGCUUGCAAACCGACAACGGAAGACAAUUUACCAGCCAUUCGUUCAAACACUUUGCCAACAGAUGGAAUUUUCACCAUGUCACGAGCAGUCCCGAAUACCCACAAAGUAACGGGCUCGCUGAACGGGCCGUCAGAAGAGCAAAUGAACGCGCCCACCUAGCCAAGUCGGAUGUGUACCUCGACCUAUUAAAGCUCAGAAACAUCGCUAGAGACGGGGUCCUGGGCUCUCCAGCCCAACGCCUGAUGAACUCACGAAAAAUAAAAAAAGUUGCAUGUGUGUUUAACUAUAUUCAAUCUUUACGGGGAAGGAUGUAGAUUGAUUAUUGCAUGUGAACCAAUCAUAGUAGAAAUAGCAUCACUGACCCCACCUCACUGUAUGAUUCAUACUAACACCCACUUCCUAUAUUGGUCGGUCUUGGAAGCGGUAACGAUGAACUAACAACCUGCUGUACC